GUUUUUAUUCCGUCCACGGGAGUGUCAGAGGACUGAGGCGUCCGAUAAGACUGCCCAACCCAUCCAGACGCUUAUAUCACAAUAUAGCAGCAUGCCACAAGACCUGUCUGUUUAGCUUUGUGUUACAUUAAGGGUCUUGUUUUGUACGUGCUGCCUGAGGCGCUGACGGCUGAGCCUGUACCAUGUGGCUGCCUAUGAUUGGAAUGACGGCCCUCCCACACUUAGGAGGGCUCUACGGCGGUUACGUCACACGGAAAGAGGUGAAGACCUGGUAUACAACUAUUAAGAAGCCCUCAUGGCGUCCACCAAACGCUGCUUUCCCUGUUGUGUGGACGUGUUUGUACACAGGCAUGGGUUAUGGGUCUUACCUGGUUUGGAAAGAGCUUGGGGGUUUCAAUAAGGAUGCAAUGGUUCCGUUGGGUCUUUAUGGGCUACAGCUUGCUCUGAACUGGGCUUGGACUCCUAUUUUCUUUGGUGCACACAAGCUGAAAUGGGCUCUCAUGGAGAUCGUGCUUCUCACUGGGACUGUUGGAGCCACCAUGGCGUCAUGGUAUUCCAUCAGCACUACAGCCACUCUGCUCUUGGCGCCCUACCUUUCCUGGUUGUGCCUCGCCACAUCUCUAAACUACUGCAUAUGGAGAGACAACCCUGAGGAGGAAGAGGGGGAAGAGGGGAAAGAGGAGUAGAGGACACGCUUCUGUGAAGAAAUAACUCCGCUUCAGAUUCAUUGCAUUAAUUUCUUGCUUACAAAUGCCAGUUCAGUUCCAGUUAAGUUUUUUGACCCAGCUGAUACUCAAGUGUUCAUAUGUCCACCUUCCAGGGACCUGUCAGGGCUGCAGUUUCACCGCAGGAAUCUUUUAGAACUUUUUGUUUUUGAGGUCCUUUCUUCGACCACUCCUUCACUAUGUCUUUUUAGAUGACCUGAAGCUGUUGGGGUGGCACUGACAUCAAAUUUAGCCUUUUAGCUUCCUGUAGGUCUGUACCAUAACCAAGUCAGCGAUGGACUGAUGGGCUGAUGGGCUGAGGAAAGUCCCCCUAUUUUACCAUGGACCCUAGUUCUUCUUUAAAAAAAGGUUUCUACGGUUGAAAAACAGCCCAGUGACUAAGUUCCAAAUAGUUUUGCUUGAAAUGUGCCUUUUUAAGUUAAUUUCUGUUUUGAUUUGACCGUUCUUGUUUUUGUAAAGCUACUAUUAAAACUUGCAGCUAAUAUUAAAUUAAUAAAAAUGACAUCAAUCCAUAAAGAUAA